CAUGGUGAUGACGACGGGGAUGAGAUUACAGACCUUCCUCCUCACCCUCCCUUCGCUGGGUCUGCAUCUUCAUCCUGCUGCGGCGGCGGCGGCGGCGGCUUCAUCGUCACGUAUACCUACGGCCACUUGUUCAGUCGACAACAUAGUCAAUAGCACACUCGACAGUACAACCACCACCACAGCUACCACCACAGUCACCAGCACAUUAAACAAUCCCCACCGAAACGACCCCCACCGCACCCUCCGCGUCACCGCCCUCAUCUUCACCGGCCUGAGCGCCCUCAUCCCGAUCACCCACCUGUACCUCCUGCACGACGCCCGCUACCUCCUCGCCGUCGGCGUGGGGUGGUAUGCCCUCGAGGGGAUGGCGUUGAUCCUCGGCGCCGUGGUGUAUCUGAAUAAAACCCCCGAACGAUGGUACCCGCACAGUAAGGUCUUCAUGCUGUGGUCGUCCCAUGCCUUCUGGCAUGUGCUCGUGCUCGUCGGCAUGGUGGCGCAUACGAUGGGGCUGGCUCGUGCGAUGGGCGUCGAGGCGGGAGGGGAUUGAUGUUUCGUAAAGGUGACUUAGGACUGACGGGGUUGGAAACUGGACUUUCUAGAGUGAAGGUGUGAGAUUGGGG